AUGAUUAAAUAAUUAAAUGAAGAUUUUCAAUAUAUUGAGAGGGAUUAUAAUUAUAUAUAAGGUACAAUUUCUCUUAAAUUCAAAUUCAAAGGGAAAGAAUUAGAAUAUAAUUAUAAGGAUUGUUACAUAAAAGCCAAUAAUCAAAUUAUAGAUUGUCAAACAGAGAUUAUUUUACCAAUAGAUUUAGAUAUAAAUUAUUCUUUUUCAAUUGGGAAUGGAGAUAGUGUUAGGGUUGAGGAGGAUAUGGACUAUAUAGUAGAUAGUAUUUCUGAUCUUGAGGAAACAAAUAAUAUUUAUGUGAUCGAUGGAUUUUCAUAAUUUUAAAUAUCUAACUUGGCAAUAAGUCCCAAUGAAAAAUUUAUUUUAUUUUUGCUAAAGUAAAUAUCCUAUCAAAAAUAGAAACAGAAAGAAUAAUAAUUAUUGAUUUAAUGAACUAAAAAAUUAGAAAAGUUUUGUAUAAAUCAUAUUUUAUAUAACCUCCUCAGCCUAGUUUUUCCAAUGAUUGCUCUUUAGCAUUUAUAAAUAUAUCAAAAAAUUCUACUUCAAGAUUUUUAUUGCUAAAUUUAAGUGAUGGAAUUAUAAACUAAAAUAUUAUUCAAUUAAAGCAUUAAGUAAAGAAAAUAGAUUAUGAUAAUCAAAAAACUUUUUUUAUAUUACUUAAGAGGCUGAAAUCUUUGAAUUACCUUUAAAUUUAGAAAAAUUGACUGUCUAAAAAUCGAGGAUAAUUUCUUAUCAACCAAAAGAAUUUUUUGAAUUUACUGAUCAUUAUGAAUAACCCAUUUUACAUCUUCUAGGUAAUCGCUUAGCACUAAUUCUUGAUGUUUAUGGAUAAUAGUUUGUUUGCAGAAUUAAUUAAUAAUUUAAAGUUAUCAAAUAUUAUAAUACUAAUGAAUAGUAAAUUUUAUAUUAAAUAUUUAAAAACAUACUUGUUGUAGCUUCUGAUUUAUUUAAAUCAGAAUAUUUUUUAAAAGAUAUCUCAACAGGAAAAUUAAUCAGAAAGAUAAAAAUGUUACAAUAUUAGGAAAGAAUGUAGAGCUUUUAUUCAAAUAAAACAUACUUUCUCUAAAUUUAAAAAAAAUCAAACAAUUUUGAUUUUUUUUGUAAUAACAAAAUAUGCAAUUGGAUUAUAUUUGAUUUACUUCGAGGAACCGAAACUUAAAGAGAAAUCAUUAAUUUAACUAAUAAACCUAUUCGUCAAGAAAAGUUUUCACGCAAUUUGACUGUCCAAAACUUUGAUAAUAAAAUCAUAUAUAAUUUGAAGCAUUGA